AUGGAGCACGUGAAAUUUCCAGAAUUGAUAAAACCCGUCAAUGAAACUAUAUCAUCUGGCAUGCCAGCGCUGCAUUUCAAUGUCCCUAGCCUACAAAGCAAGCCAGCAGCUGCCUCCCUAUCACAUCGGUUCCAAUUGGGAGUCGUUGUAUGUCUCGUUCUGGUUUUCUUUCUGAGCCGAUGCUACCUGUUGAUUAGUUCAAGGGUUUCUAAAGCCUUCGACAAAAGGCGAUUAGCAUCGGGGGGCGGCACGUCAGGAGAGGGCAACAAAGAACGGGAAGGGGAUGAGCAAUGCGCGGGGCCUUCCGAACCGGUCGAAGAUGACGAAACGCCAUUGCUUGAGUCCAUUGCUGAAUUCCAGAGCACCCCACCUAAGUCUCAACAGAGCGGAUUAGUGGGUUCUGUACAACAGCAAACACAAGUUGAAUCAUCGUAUGGCGGACCACUGGGUGGGGACCCCAUGAGUGAGCGUAGAGAUGACGUGCGGAAAACCCGAGAAAAAGUGGGUAGGGCAGUUGAUAUUCUGACUAAAAUGCUACAACAAGGAAUGGAUGCGCUGAAUGAGAACUGGAGUUCGACUAAUCCGCACUGGCCAUUCUGCCUCAUGGUGUUUGAUGCUUUAGUGAACCAACAGAGUGUGGCUAGUAGUCUUUUUAAUACGAAUAAUAGAAGAUUUGGUACUCGAGAGCGCAUUGUGUGGAUAGGUAAAUUGCGUAAUGGGCAUGAGGCAAUAAGCGUCGCUUCGAGCGUUCUAAGUGCGUUUGCAGAUGCGCAUGGCCUCCCAGGUCCUCACCAAGGAACCCAACCCUCAGGACAAAAUUUUAAACUUCAUUGCGUUUUGUGCAUCGGAGAGACCACUGCGAAACUCGAGGAUGCCAUGGAACAAUACAUGGGUAGCCCAGGGGUGGACAGUCUUGCCGCCCUUAAUGCCGCAAUGGUUGAUGCUUCAUUUUGGUUACGCGUAUUCACCGAAAUGAUGUCGUGCAGUGGUUUAACAUCGAGGCCUGGUUCAACACCAGUCGACCUUCUGGAUGAUGCGUUGAAAAAUGUGGCGGAUGCCUUACGCCAUGCACAUAUGCAAUCAAUGAGGAUGUUGAGCCAAAUAUAG